AUGCCGGGUAGAGGACGCCCUAAAGGGAGGAAAAGGAAGGUGACAGAAGCAGCAGAAGUAAGGGAAGAGGAACAACCACCUGCACGGCGGCUAAGGCAACCGCCUCGUGUCAAUUUGGAAGCACAACUCCCACAGGCGCCACAGAUACCCUUGCCAGACGCGGAGCUGGGAAACAACAAUGAGGGUAAUGUAAUUGACUUCCAUGAUAUCAUUACUAGGUCUCAUAUUUUGCACCAUUUAACCACAGAAACUGUGGUUCCUACGGGUAAUAGGCAAAGUCCUUCAGAUACUGGGUGUGGCUUGGCGGGGUCUGGCCAAGGUGGAGAGUUCCAAAUGGGUGCAAAUUUUGAUGGUAGCAUGGACAUGUAUAGGAAAAUUCGCCAUAGAUAUGAAGUUCAAUCCUCCGCCAUCCUGCGACACGAUUGUCGGAAAUCCCGGAAUGGUACGAAUAUUCGUUUCGGUGACAUCAUCUUCUCCAAAAAAGGAUCAAGACAACACUGCAAAUUCAAUGGUGUCGGCAAAGCAGAUGGUUUUAACAGUAAGAAGUAUCCAGAAAAUAGCACAACUACAGUUAAAGAAACCUUAGACCAAGAGUCAAUGCUGAACGAACCCAAUAGAAAUCCAUCGUAUGUGCUCCGAAAUAGCGUUUUGUGGCACCAGACAAAAGUAAUGAUUGAUGAAUUACCGCUCGAAAUGGGAUUUCAGCCUGAAAUGGAUGAAGAAUUUCCAACGAUUCCAAACGGUACACCGCGGAUACCUUACAAUAUUCACCAAAUGUGGAUAAAACAGAAUAACACCAGUUACGGGGAAAAUACUUCAGACUUAUCGGUACCCGACACUUACGUGGAUAAUAUGCAGUCUUUUAUGAAGCACAAUCCACACUGGAAAUACUAUUUUUGGACGCACAGCACUGCUCGUCAGCUCAUAGCUGAUAAACACCCCUAUUUACUCGCGUUCUUUGACAAUGCAACUGAGGCUGUUGUUAAGGCAGAUCUGAUACGUUAUGUUGCCAUAUACGAGAUUGGGGGACUUUAUGCUGAUUUGGACACAGCUUGUCUUAGACCACUGGAUAUUGUCACAAAGAAGUACUCUUGCAUGUUGGUGCUAGCCCCUUUUGAAAAUGCUGCCUGUAUGUCGAAUCAACCAUAUCAGAUUUGCAACGGAGAGUUUUUCUGUAAGCCUCAACAUCCUUUCUGCAAACAAAUUCUACAAGAAAUUGGAAGAAAAAAGUUAAACGCCAAAAAUCAAUUCGUUAUUGGACCAGGUUUCAUCACAGGUCAAUAUCGCAUCUACCAAAAUAUUAGCGAUAAAGAACAAUAUAGAGUAGAUAUUCAUCAAAAUACCACCACACCAUUUAUGUACAAAGGCGCACUGCCAGACACGGACGGGGCUGGAAUAUAUAUUCCAAACACAAGAUACUUUCUUGACCAGCCGCACCCAAUUUUGAAAGUCGGUGUAAAAAAACGAUGCAGCAAUGUGACUGCUCAUAACACUCUUGUGAAGAGAAUGUGUGCAAUUGUUGAAACACGAGGCUUUGUCAGAGAGCCGGGGCCCUUUACAUUUCUUAAUCACGAUUAUUCCUAUUCGUUCAGUAAAGUUAACCAAAAAAAGAAUAAAACAUGCAUUCCCGUCCGUGAUAUCAUUCCAAGUUUUAUUACCUAUAAAAUAAAGAGAGAUGUAUUAGGAUUGUUAAGCUAA